GCCGCCCUGCCCGGCUGGGGGCGGCCAUUGCCGUCAGUUCCGUGCCGGCGGCAGGAGGCGGCGGGGGCGGCUCCCGGCCCGGCUCCUGCAGUUGAUGCAAAAUGAGCGUCCCUGACUACAUGCAGUGUGCCGAGGAUCACCAGACUCUCCUGGUCGUGGUUCAGCCGGUCGGCAUCGUACCCGAAGAGAGCUUUUUUAGGAUCUACAAGCGAAUUUCAGCAGUGAGUCAAGUUAACGUGCGCGACUCGCAGCGCGUGUUGUAUAUCCGUUAUAGGCACCAUUAUCCCCCCGAGAACAACGAAUGGGGGGAUUUUCAGACACACCGGAAAGUUGUGGGCUUGAUAACUAUCACAGACUGUUCUUCUGCAAAGGACUGGCCUCAGACUUUUGAAAAAUUCCAUCUUCAAAAGGAAAUGUACGGUUCCACGCUCUAUGAUUCCCGCUUGUUUGUCUUUGGCCUUCAAGGAGAGAUUGCAGAGCAGCCCCGCACGGAUGUGGCGUUUUAUCCCAAUUAUGAUGAAUGUGAAACCGUGGAGAAGAGAAUAGAAGAUUUUAUCGAAUCCCUCUUCAUUGUGCUGGAGUCUAAGCGGCUUGACAGAGCCACUGAUAAGUCUGGAGACAAGAUUCCGCUCCUCUGUGUUCCCUUUGAGAAGAAGGAUUUUGUAGGUCUGGACACAGACAGUAGACACUACAAGAAGCGUUGCCAAGGCCGGAUGCGGAAGCACGUUGGUGACCUGUGUUUACAAGCUGGGAUGUUACAGGAUUCCUUGGUGCACUACCACAUGGCGGUGGAGCUGCUGCGGUCUGUAAAUGAUUUUCUGUGGCUCGGAGCUGCCCUCGAGGGGUUAUGUUCAGCAUCAGUCAUCUAUCAUUACCCUGGUGGUACUGGAGGUAAAGUUGGAUCUCGUAGGGCACAAGGAGGUUCUCUUUCUGCUGAGGCAGGCAACAGGCACAGACCAGGGGCACAAGAAGUUCUCAUUGAUCCAGGUGCGCUGACUUCAAAUGGUAUAAAUGCAGAUACCAGUGCUGAAAUCGGACGUGCCAAGAAUUGCCUGAGCCCUGAAGACAUCAUAGAUAAAUAUAAAGAAGCCAUCUCUUACUAUGGCAAGUACAAGAAUGCUGGUGUGAUUGAACUGGAGGCCUGCGUGAAGGCAGUGAGAGUCCUUGCAAUACAGAAAAGGAGCAUGGAAGCCUCUGAAUUCCUUCAGAAUGCAGUUUAUAUCAAUCUCCGUCAGCUUUCAGAAGAAGAAAAAAUCCAGCGUUACAGCAUUCUUUCCGAGCUGUACGAACGUAUUGGUUUUCACCGCAAAUCUGCUUUUUUCAAGCGUAUAGCAGCAAUGCAGUGCGCUGCCCCGAGCAUCCCAGAGCCUGGGUGGAGGGCGUGCUACAAACUGCUUUUGGAAACUCUCCCUGGCUAUAGCUUAUCACUGGAUCCUAAAGAUUUCAGCAAAGGAACUCAUCGAGGAUGGGCUGCAGUACAGAUGCGUUUGCUUCAUGAACUCGUGUAUGCCUCCAGAAGAAUGGGCAAUCCUGCUCUGUCUGUCAGGCAUCUGUCCUUCCUUCUCCAGACCAUGCUGGAUUUUCUUUCUGAUCAAGAAAAGAAGGAUGUCACGCAGAGCUUGGAAAGCUACACAGCAAAGUGCCCUGGCACAAUGGAAUUCAUCACUCUGCCAGAUGGUUUGAAGUUACCUCCUGUUCCGUUCACCAAAUUGCCUAUUGUGAGAUCUGUGAAGCUCUUGAACCUCCCCACCAGUCUCCGACCUCACAAAAUGAAAAGUCUGCUGGGUCAGAAUGUGUCAACCAAAAGCCCCUUCAUAUAUUCUCCAAUUAUUGCUCACAAUCGCGGGGAAGAACGAACUAAGAAAAUAGACUUCCAGUGGGUCCAGGGAGAUGUAUGUGAAGUUCAGUUGAUGGUGUACAACCCUAUGCCUUUUGAGCUCCGAGUAGAAAACAUGGGUCUCUUGACUACAGGAGUAGAAUUUGAAUCUCUUCCUGCAGCCCUUUCUCUACCUGCGGAGUCUGGUCUCUAUCCGGUAACUCUUGUUGGUGUUCCUCAAACCACUGGACAGAUCACUGUCAAUGGUUACCAUACGUCAGUUUUUGGAGUCUUCAGUGAUUGCCUUCUGGACAAUCUGCCAGGAGUGAAGACCAAUGGCUGUACUGUUGAAGUCAUUCCAGCUUUGCCAAGGCUACAGAUCAGUACCUCCCUUCCAAGGUCUGCUCAUACACUUCAGCCUUCUUCAGGGGAUGAAAUCUCCACGAAUGUAUCUGUCCAGCUUUACAAUGGAGAGACGCAACAGCUUAUCAUUAAGUUAGAAAACAUUGGAACGGAACCACUGGAGACACUGGAGGUCACAUCGAAAACAGUGAACACUAAGGAGAAGCUGUAUGGCGACUUCUUGAGUUGGAAGCUAGAAGAUACUCUCUCCCAGUUUCCUCUAAAACCUGGGAAGAUUGCAACUUUUACUGUAAACAUCAAAGUGAAGCUGGACUUUUCAUGCCAAGAAAACCUUCUGCAAGAUCUCAGUGACGAUGGAAUCAGUGUCAGCGGACUUCCACUUUCCAGUCCUUUUCGGCAGGUUGUCAAACCAAGAGUAGAGGCUAAACCUGUUAAUCCACAAGAAAGCAGCAAAGCUGGUGACUUCAGUCAUGUGAAGACACUGGAAGCCAUUCUGAAUUUUAAAUACUCUGGUGGACCAGGACACGUUGAAGGCUAUUACAGGAACCUUUCACUGGGUCUUCAUGUAGAAGUAGAGCCGUCUGUUUUCUUCACACGUGUCAGUACCCUUCCAGCAACAAGCACCCGGCAGUGUCAUCUACUUCUGGACGUCUUCAAUUCUACAGAGCACGAGUUGACCAUUAGUGCUAGGAACAAUGAAGAUUUAAUUCUGCAUGCCGGGGAAUGUCAGCGUAUGGCUAUCCAAGUUGACAAGUUCAAUUUUGAGAGCUUCCCAGAAUCCCCUGCUGAUGGGACACAGUUUGCGAACGAAAAGCAGCUGGAAGAAGAAAGACAACAGGCAAAAGGUCUGGAGAUUAACAGCAAGCUGGAUAUUUGCUGGAAAAUUCCUUCCUUGAAGCGUGAAGGAGAAGCAAGUGUGGAAGGCGUUCUCAAUCAACUGGUCCUGGAGCAUCUACAGCUGGCUCCUCUCCAGUGGGUUAACUGCCAAAGUCCACCUUACAGCGUCUAAGUAAAAGAGACUUUUAGAGGCAUAGGGCUGCAUUCGCUAAUCCUGCCUAAAUGGUGAUUUUCAUUGAUAUUUUGAUGCAUUAUUCAGAAAUCAUGAAUGUAGCACCGAUUUACAAUAAAAUCCAAUUGCCUGUGCAGUUGGUAAUUUCUCAUGUUGUCGCUUAACUCAGAGUUGCAGUUGCUGUAGUUGUCAGAACAUAUGAACACCAACCAACACUCUGUGAUGUUCUCUGCCUCAUACCUGUAAAUUCUUCCGAUUUUACUUGAAAACAAAGGCAAAAAUGAAAAUAAAAGGCAAUGGAGAAAUUUCAGUUUCUUUUAAUCAGCUAUAACUUUGAGUAUUCAGUAGCUGAAUCUUUGCUACCUGGUUUCACCACCGCAUGGCCAGGUGAAGCUACCUGCAGUCAUCUUGAGGAAGCUACUGGGGUCCUUCAGAAAGACCAUGGCAGUGGCAGGCUAAUUUUGAUUUUAUUAGUGUAUGAAGGAGGAAUUAAAAGAUUGUCUUUCAGUUUGGUAGGUGGGAAUAACAAGGAUUUGUUGGAAUGUCUGGACAAUCAAGAAUGAGUGUAUGUGUACACAUCUUUAGGCAGUGUGACACAUUGUCCUUCAGACUCUAAAUUUUAGCCAGAUUGUUUCCUACUCAGCUGUUAUAGGCAGAGUAAAUAAAAUGUUAUGUUUCAAAUCAUCUAAGAUGUAAUGCACAUUCUGUUUUCCUGUGUUUUUUUUCCUGUUGCUUUGAAGUGAUAGAAACAGUGUUUGUGCUUGUGUAUGGUUUAUUAUAGACCUUAACUAUCUUGUACAAAUCAGCUUUUUUUAGUGAUGGUGGUCUGUACUGAAUACCAAUAUUGAGAUAAUCUUAUGCAAGCUAUCUUAAACAUUCUUUGACCGUUACCAUUUCUACUUAAAGAACUGUCAUCUUAAUAUGUAUAAUUAACAAGGCAGUAUUUUACAAAUGUUCUUUUAUCAUCCCGCCUCUCUUAAUUUUUUUUGAUGUUAUUGAUAAGUUACUUUUAAGAAUAAUGUAAUAUGGCAGUGUCGGCCACUUGAGUUUUUUUCCUCUUAAUCAUCAUAAUGUUUGUAGUCAGAACCUUGCUUUGCUUUGAGCUUUGCUUCUCUGUAAGAAAGAUGAACUAUCAUUUAAAUAUGAACAUUCUUUAUAUUAGCCAUCAUUGUAAUACAACCUUUGAAUAUAUUGGCUAAGAAAUGUUGCCUUAGUGUUGUAUAACAAAAUUGAUCCUAUGAUUAUUCAAAGCUUUUCCUAUAUUGAUGGUUACACUGAAGGGUUUACUUUAUUAUAAGGGCUCACAUUGAAACACGAAUGAAUAUUUAACAUGGUUUUGAUUUAAAAAAAUGACUGGCUCUUGUUCAAAAUUAUAAAAGCCGGACUUCAAAAUUUAUUUUAAAUUUGACAUAAUUUAUAUUAGAGUUAAUACUGCAUUUCUAAAAUUAUAAAAGCCUAUUGAAAUAAUUUUUCAUGUAAACUUGACAAUCCUGUCUUUGUUUCACCAAAUGCAAGGCAAAGUGUAGAAUUAAAAGUUAGUGGCAGUGAAGUUUUGGUCUAAGGGUCAGAAGUCAGCUCUGAGGGUUGUCAGAUGGAGGAAAAAAGUGGCUCUUAGUGGACACUGUGGGUUGUGAUUUCAUAUGAUUAAAUGACCGGGGAAAGGAAAAGUGUUUAAAACACAAGGAAUCGUAAAAAAGAAAAUAUGUCAAAGGCUAGAGAGGGAGAGUUCUUAAUGUGUUGUUAAAAUUGAUUUUAAGAUUUAGGACAUCUCUGUAAAAUGAAGUUGUCUAUUAGCGAGGUUAGUAAAUCAUACGUAAUUGAAAAACAUGAUCUUGCUCAACACCAGCAAGUUCAAUGUUCUCUAAAAUUUAUGACAUAUUUUCUUUUUAUUGCUGGGCAACAAACCAAGUGUAGGAAUAGAUGUGGUUUUAAGGUGCAUAUAUUAAUAUGAUCAAAUCAAGGAAACAUAGCCUGAAAAGUUUAAUGAGAAGAACCAAGACUCCUCCAAGGCGUACAUAUGUCAUGCAAGUCAUGUGGUUUGAUUUGAAAACGAUCAGAUGGAGGCAAUUGUAAUUGCUUGCAGUGAGAUAUUUUUUCAAUCUUUAUUUGAUUUAUGUUGCUAAGUUUUGCAAGCAAGCAAAAUUUGGAGACCAAAUACUUAUCAGUUUGAUGGUACUCUUCUGCAUUUUAUAGCAAAAUAAUCAUAGGUACAAAUGCCAUGCACAAAAUGCUGUUACCGAAGUUGAAAUAGACUGAGUUUGAAAUGGGCUUUUGAUUGAACCUGGAAUAGGUUGGACCCAGGAUAUUCCUACAUGCAAAUUUGAGAACUAAAUCUAAAGGGAGAGGUUCCCAACUUUUUGCAUGCUGUACAUAAAUUUCACAACAGAACGUUUUUUGAAAUUAACGUCCUUUGUAAAGCAAAAGAAACUUAACUUCUGUUGCUGGCUGCAACCACAGGGUGAAGAUGUUUUUCCUGCUGGUCCUUGUACAUGUUAGAGUGAAGAUUUAUUGGAGAAGUUUGAUUUAGGAAUUUAGAAUUGUAGACAAAUAUUGAAGUGCUGAAUGUCAUAAUAUAUAGGGCAAACAUUUAGCUUUUCCUUUCCUGUAGAAAAUGGUUGAAUAACUGAAAACCAGUGAUUAUACAUAAACUCUAAAGACAGUAUUUGCAAUAAUAUUGUAGGAACCAUACGAUGAUCAAGCAUCACCACAGGCAAAGUCCAGGAAUACCUUUCGCUUUCAUUCAUCCUUUUAUUUCAUUUACUCAUUUCAUUCAUUUUUCACUUCUUACUUUCUAAUAGAUAGGAAUUUCAAGACAGCUGAUAACAAUUACUUUAAUUUUAGAUACCUUUUCACAGUGCAAUAUAUUUCAUUUUCAUGUUAUUGAAGGGAAGACUAACAAUAUUGCUGUUAAAUGUUUCCAGAUCAGCAUUAAGGAAAGUGAUGGUUGAUAGCCAAAGUUUUAGUUAUUUACAUAUAGGUAGAGUAUCCUACAUUUCAUUGUGAGUCCACAAUAAAUUGUUGGUCUACUUGCAUCAUGCGGGCAUGUUGAGCUUACAGAAAACUCAAAACUUCAGAACUGAAAGGUGGUUUUAAAUUUGCCCUUGCAGGUAGUCAGCAUCAAGAGGAGGUAGAUUUAAAAGUAUUUUGUUGUGUUUUAUGAGGAUGCAAUCCAUGCCAGCUUGUUUGGAAGUUCUGUCUGGUUAUGUUUCACAAAACAUCUUACAAAGUAUUACUUUUUAAAGAAAUUAUCUCAAUAACAUAUCAUUUAUUUUAAAGAACAUCAAAUUAGAAUAAUUUUUCACAGCUUAUAUAUUUCAUGGAUCUUAAAAUUAAUUACUGAAACUACUCGCCCAUUUUAUUUUGUAUUUUCCAGUCUGACCUUAGACCAUAAUUAAAUCUUCCUUUCCACAGUUUAUGUGAUUAACUCAGAGAUUGCAGCAGUGUCAAAUCACCAUGUCCUGAAUACAGAGGAAAAUAUUUUAAAGUAUUUGUCAGUGAGUAGAUGAGGAAGUCGUACAUCUCUAAGCCUGUGUCCUGGAUGCUAUCUUGACACCCUGACAGCUUGUCCCCCCUCCAAGGCCUCACUUACAAAGAGCCAGAUCUCUGCAGACGUGAUCACUGCUAACAGUUUGGGUUUAGUUGGGGCAGUCCUACAGUGCUGCUCAUCCUCCAUCUUUGAAUCACAUCUUGGUAUUUGUUAAAAGAAUAGUUUUAAGAGGGAACUGCAAGGAAGCAGUUUUAAUUUCUUUUUUAAUACACAAAUCACAGGAUCAUAUGGAUUAUAUAGGGAUAAAUUUGGGAAUAUGGAGAGAUUGGGUGGGUAUAUCAGGGUAUGUCCUUCAAAAAUAUAACAAAUAUUAUUCUAGUCAUUUAUCAAACUAAAAUACUCUUAAAUGUUUUGUAUUUCAGAAUUACAGUAGACUGGCUAUUACCAUCAGAAGUUAAAUUGAAACCAAGAAAAUGAUAGCCAGAAAAUUUGAAGAGAAAGUUGUCUGUGAGAUAGAGAAUCACAGUCUGAUUCAUAGCAAGACAGAAACCGAGAAACAGUUGGGUGGUAAAUGAAUUUCACUAGGUAACCAACCUUUCUCAUCCAUUUAGAAAAACCUUCAGGUUUUUCAUUUUUAUUUUUAAGAAUUAAGAGAGGUGGGAACACUUUCGUAUCUUAACAGCUUGUGUGCAGGCUGUUUUGGAGGAUAUUUUGGCAAUGUCAAAUAAGCAACAUGCUUUAGUUACUGGGAGGUGUUAAGGGACUGGGGUAGUACAUUGAAAAAAAAGGACUAACUUGAUGAAACUAGGGCAUCUGGCACAAAAGUAACAUUCUCACAUGUCAAAACAUGCUAUUGUGUGAAAUGCUUGGAAUCAGCUGUUGCUUCUAAUUCUUACCAAAGCCUUGGUUACUCUAAACUGAGGGGAAAAACUUGCAGGGAAAGGGUUUCAGACAUAACUAGACUAGUAGCGAUUUCAAAGAAAAGGUACCAAGAAUAAAGAGAGCACCAAAAAGUGAAGAUAAAUGAACAAAACCUCCUAGAUUAGGUAGAGAGCCAGUGGUUAUGUCCUCGGAUUUCUGAAAGAACAGGUAGCUGAAGCUGCAGGCCCAGCAUUUCUAUCAAAGCAGUGGGAAGAGGCUGGAGGGAAAAAGGAGUAAUAAAUACUAAUGGAGUUGUGUAAGCAUUGGUCUAGGACCAUUCUUUUACGAUCUUGCCAGUGUGAACUGAUAGUGAUUUUU